UAUCAUUAAAAAUUAAGCAAUUCGCUAAUCUGCAUCACACAGAAAUAAGUAAACUUUAAAAAGCUGGUCAAUGUGAAAAGACUGAUUAGUUUUGAAGGUGAUUACUGACAUAGUUGAUUGCAAUGUUGGCCAACAUGAUUAUUUUAUUGGAAAUUGUGGUAUUAACUGUGGUAGUCGAAGGAAGCCACUUGAAGAUGUCGUCGUUUUCUUAUUCCGGAGAGAGCGUUACGUUUGAGUGCAACGUUGACCAUGGAGAGUUUCCGAUCGUGUCAAUAACAUGGCUCAAGGAUGGCAAGCAAUUUUAUAAGUACGAUUCGAAUCUCAUCAAUCCGGUUUCAAUUACGGAUGUCGAUGGUGUUGUGGUGAAAAAGGACCUAUCACUUAACGGCAACAAAGUAACGAUUGGUUCCGUUACUCCACAGAGCACGGGAACUUAUACAUGUAAAGUAGAAAUAGAUCAUCCAUCUUUGAGCGUUGGGGAACUGUCGGGAAGUCUCAAGAUCGUACAAAAUUAGUUUACUUGUAAUUAAGGAUCGUGACAUUUAAUACGUAAGAUUAAGGCAACUGGUUAGCUUAUACACAACGUUAUUUGAUUAUUCUAACUUUGUAAUUGUAUGAUUUAUAGCAAGGACGGUAUAGCUUUGACAGUAAAUUGAGUACAUCAGAAUUUCUCAUAUCGUUCAAUUCGAAUACGUGACUGCAUAAGGGAGCGUUUUCCAAUUUAAUUCAUGUUUGAAAUUCUUUUACACGCGCUGAUUUACUUCACAUGCUCACCACCACCUUGGAUUUUCAGAUGAAAAAGUGAGGCAUCGGGUAACGCCACUUUUAGUUUUUCUUAUUACACCUUAGAGUUUGUCAUCCACUUCUUGCACUAUUCAUUUAUUUAAAUUUUUGCAAUGGGACUGUAAAAUUAUAGAUCUUUUCCUACCUCAA